AUGGAGACUCCUUUCUACCACGACGACUCUCCCGCUGUCUCCGGCUACAGCCACAUCGCUGAAUACGAGCGUUACUCUGGAAACAAGAUGCUGAUGAGUAAGAAGGCCAUGUCAAUGGCGAGCAGUCAUCACUUCCCCGGCGGCGGUGCAGCAGGAGGGAGGGGCGGGAACCCCAACAACCUGGGACUUGCCGGCAACAGCUCCCUGAUGACAUCGGCUGUGUCCUCAGCAGCGUCCUCAGCAGACAUGAACCUGCUGAAGCUGGCAUCCCCCGACCUGGAGCACCUGAUCAUCCAGUCCAACCAGGGCCUGGUCACCACCAGCCCGGUGCCCAACUCCACUAACCCCUUCAUCUACCGCAGCCAGGCCACCAACGAGCAAGAGGGAUUUGCUGACGGUUUCGUCAAAGCGCUUGCAGACCUUCACAAGCAGAACCAGCUGGUGGGAGGUGGCCCCAUGUCCCCGUCCUCGUCCUGCACCGUUUCCUUGCAGGCGUCCUACCAGAGGAACCUGAUGUCCAGUGGUGACAUGCCCGUAUACACCAACCUCAGCAGCUACAACCCGGGACAGAUGCCAUACUCUGGGGGGCAGAUAGCAUAUGGUGGUGGCUCAGGUGGCGGUGGAGCCCCUCAGCCGCACACCCGAGGCCUGGACGCCCCUCAGACUGUCCCUGAGGUUCCUCACCCACCAGGCGACCCCAUGUCCCCGCCCUCCCUCUCCCCGAUCGACCUGGAGACACAGGAGCGAAUCAAAGCGGAGCGCAAGAAGCUCCGCAACCGCAUCGCCGCAUCCAAGUGUCGCAAGCGGAAGCUGGAGCGGAUAUCACGUUUGGAGGAGAAGGUGAAGGUUCUGAAGAGCCAGAACUCAGACCUGGCCUCCACCGCCGCCAUGCUGAGGGAGCAGGUCGCUCAGCUCAAACAGAAGGUCAUGAGUCACGUCACCAAUGGCUGCCAGAUCGCCGUCAGCUCAGCUGCCGCCACCAAGUCUGGAGGAGGAGGGGGAGGCACUGGCAGCGAAGACUCCAGCUGCUGA